CGACUCAAAGCAGAGAAGGUCCUCUCAACGUGCCUGUGGUCUAUUUGAGCUUAGUUUAGGCUGGCAUGCUAGGGAGUGAGGACUUGGGAAAGAGAGGAAGAGGGACGCCGUUUCCCCCUCAGAGAUCGCCCUGUAGUGGUGGGUGCUGUCCUUGCAGGCAGGGGGUUCAGCCAUGGUGUUCCUAGCACAGAGACUUAUCCAGCCUGUAAGGGGCAUGUGCAGCUUUUCAGACUGCAAGUUCUGUUUCUUUCGGAAUUUGUCCAUCCAGCCUGUUCAGCAAAGGAAGAUUCCAAACCGGUACUUAGGUCAACCUAGCCCUUUCACACAUCCACAUCUUCUGAAACCAGGAGAAGUAACACCGGGGUUGUCGCAAGUGGAGUAUGCUCUUCGUAGGCACAAGUUGAUGGCUCAGAUACACAGAGAGGUGCCAGGCAUGGACCACACAGUGAUUCUGCUAUCCAAUCCUACCUACUACAUGAGCAAUGAUAUUCCAUACACCUUCCACCAGGACACUAACUUCCUGUAUUUGUGCGGGUUCCAGGAGCCCGACAGCAUCUUGGUGCUACAGACUGUGCCUGGCAAACCUUUGCCAUCCCACAAAGCUCUGCUGUUUGUCCCCCGGCGGGAUCCAAGCAGGGAGCUGUGGGAUGGACCGCGGUCUGGUACGGACGGGGCAGUGGCUCUCACGGGCGUGGAUGAAGCAUAUACCAUAGAAGAGUUUAGGCACCUGGUGGCUAAAUUGAAAGAUGAAUCUAGUAUGGUUUGGUAUGAUCUUGCUAAACCCGUGCAUCCACAACUCCAUUCCGAUUACUUGCUACACCUGGCAGAAGUCAAAGCUAGAAGCAAGAAUCGUAUACGAGCAAUCAGGCACUUAGUUCAAAACCUACGACUGGUUAAAUCUGCUGCAGAGAUUGAGAGAAUGAAGAUUGCUGGCAAGGUGACAUCACAGGCGUUUGUGGAGACAAUGUUUGCAAGCAAAGCUCCAGUGGAUGAAGCAUUUCUGUAUGCUAAGUUUGAAUUUGAGUGCCGGGCUCGUGGUGCUGAUAUUUUGGCUUAUCCUCCUGUGGUUGCAGGUGGCAACAGAUCCAACACCUUGCAUUAUGUGAAAAACAACCAGCUCAUCAAGGAUGGAGAAAUGGUUUUACUGGAUGGGGGAUGCGAAUACUCUUGUUAUGUAAGCGACAUCACCCGCACUUGGCCCAUCAAUGGCAGGUUCACAGGUCCCCAAGCAGAAUUGUACCAGGCUGUACUGGAAGUCCAGAAGUCCUGCCUGAGGCUGUGUUCUCCAGGUGUGAGCCUAGAGAACAUUUACAGUCUCAUGCUGACCCUUACUGGACAGAAGCUAAAAGAUUUGGGGAUCCUACAGAAAAGCACCACCGAGAACCACCUCUUCAAGGCUGUUCGGAAAUACUGCCCUCAUCAUGUGGGACAUUACCUGGGAAUGGAUGUUCAUGACACUCCCGAUGUAUCUCGAUCGAUCCCCCUCCAGCCAGGCAUGGUGAUCACCAUUGAGCCAGGCAUCUACAUCCCUGAGGAUGAUGUGAGUGCCCCUGAAAGUUUUCGUGGCAUUGGUAUACGCAUAGAAGAUGAUGUUGUAGUGACAGAGAACACACCAUUAAUCCUGUCUGCAGACUGCCCAAAGGAGAUCUAUGACAUUGAGCAGGUUUGUGUCUGCUGCCCUUGACUGUCCUUCACUGCCUUUGACACCUUGCUCAGGUACAGAUCAAGAAAUAUGCUCUCCCAAACAUUAUGUAGUCCUUUAUAGACUUUAUAGUGUAUUUAUAGGAUUUUUAGAGUGGUGCUGCUGGAAAAAUGUUACCUGCAGGGAAAUGUGUGUAAAUAUUCUUGGACAGCAUGAACAAAGUAUUUAAGUGGGGAAAAUGUAAGUUCCAUGACAAGUCAUCAUCUUUGAUGCAAAUGUUAAAGCAAAUCAGGCACAGAAGCUGGAUUUCAUAUCCCACCAUCUGGACUAUUUAUUGCCCCUGUGCAAAUCUUGUUUGUCACUUACAGUGAUAUAUUGAAUUUUGGCAUGGUUGUUCCUUAGUUUCUCAGAUUGGGUUGUGGGGGCAGAGCUGAAUUUCGGCUUCUGAUGAGAUUGCCCUUUGUUUUAAUUUCAAAAGCAGGAAAAGAGUGUUCUUUCCUUUUUUUCUCCCUUGCAAAAGGUGGUCUUUUGAAGGUAGCAGCGCAGAUGCUCCAGCUGAUGAAUAGAAAGCCAAAAGACAAAACCUUAACAUUUAAGUAACACUUUAGCUUUAGGAAAUGAUGUCAAAGUCAUUCUGUGAAUAACAACUCACAACCCAAUCCUAUGAAAAUGAGGUGUGCCUAAGAGCAUUGAUAUAGUGAGCUUAAGCAGACCUAACUUUUAGAUCAGUCAGUACAGGACAUACAAAUGACAGUUUUAGGUGUAUAGGCUACUUUGGUGGGCUUGCAUGUAGUUUCACUGAGGAAGUUUGCCAUGGGGUUUGGGUUACUUUUUUCUAUACAUUUUUUGCCUCCUUUUCCUUGGUUCUUUAAAGAGUCAAGGACAUUCUGGAACUGUUUGUAUUUAGGUGUAGAUAACCAAGUACAUAAUACGUGCAUUUUGCAUUCAUUAUCUUAGAACCUAACUUUCCUUCCCUGUUCACAGAAUGAGAUUUUCUGACUCCUUCUAUUUACAGCCCACUGAACCCUCCAAAAAUCUUCUCCUUAGGGUUGUGGAACUAUUGAGAAUGUUGUGGGUCAUGAUGCAGAGAGAGCUGCAUUGGGAGUGGGGGAUUUGCGGAAAUCUCAUCACCACCUUUAGAAUAUAAGCCAUGUGUAAGUUUCCUUGGCCAAAUACAGAGAGAUGGUGACCAGGAAAUGAUAAAUUCUCCACUUCCAUAUUUUUUCCUGAGAAAUGCAGCAAUUUAAAUGUGACUGCAUCAUUCUGAACUAAUGCAAGGUAUCAGUAUUUUGUAUUUGGGUAUUCAUACCCAAUGUAAGGCAGGAUGCGGUCCUUAGAUAAAUGUGAUUUUUUAAAAAGUUGUCUUGCCUGCACAAGAUCAAAAAAUGAAAACUAAUGUGAAUGAGAUUAAAGCAAAGUUUUGUUUUAGUUAGAUCAACAGAAAUCUUUUACAUUUGAAUGUAAAGGAGAAAAUGUUACAGAACUAUCCAGCAACCAGACUUUGUCUGUGUAGCACUUUUUGGAUCUCUGAAUGAGAUAUUUUAUAUUUGUAAAGAGUAUUAUUAUAAUAUAUAUAUUUAUAUAUACUGUACAGAAUAUUUUAUUCUGAUAUGAACA